AUGAUUGCAGGUGAAUUUAACAAACUGCACACACUGCUGAGAGAGGAGGAGCAGCUGCUUCUGCAGAGCCUGGAGGAGGAGGAGAGGGAGACUCUGCAGAGACUAAGGGAAAAUGUAACCAAACUCUCCCAGCAAAGCUCCUCUCUGCAGCAGCUGAUCACAGAGCUAGAGGAGAAGUGUCAGCAACCAGUUAUCGAGCUGCUAAAGGAUGUGAAAACCACAUUGAGCAGGAGUGAGAAUGUGAAACUCCAGGAACCAGAAGCUGUUUCUACUGACCUGAAGAAUGUGUAUAAAAUCCCGGAGCGCUGCCUGGAUAUGCGAGAAAUGCUGAAGAGAUUCGCAGUGGACGUGACUCUGGAUCCAGACACGGCAAAUCCCAACCUCGUCCUGUCUGAGGAUCGGAAACGUGUGAGACGCGGAGACACAUGCCAGGAUCUACCCAACAACCCUCAGAGAUUUGAUAGAUAUCCCAUUGUCCUGGGCGCUGAGGGAUUCGCGGGCGGGAGGCGUUACUGGGAGGUGGAGGUGGGAGACAAGACAGGCUGGAUUCUGGGGGUUUGUAGGGAAUCUGUGGAAAGGAAGGGGGAGAGCUUUCUCUCACCUGGGAAUGGAUACUGGACCGUGUGGCUGAGGGAUGGGGGAUAUAAGGCCUGCAUCUCCCCCUCAACCCCCCUCCCCCUGAUCGUCAGGCCCAGCCGGGUGGGGAUUUUCCUGGACUAUGAGGCGGGCGAGGUCUCGUUUUACAAUGUGACUGACAGGUCCCAUCUCUUCACUUUCACUGGCACCUUCUCCGGGAAGCUCCGCCCUUAUUUCAAUCCUGGUCUCAACACUGGGGGUAAAAACUCAGCUCCCCUGAUAAUCUGCCCAGUCCCAGCUCAGGCCGGAGGGAAUCUUCGUCCCUGACAGUGACACCGUGGCACAGACUGGCCCCUCCCAGCCCUGCUGCUCUUCCCGCCCCAGUGGUGGGGGCCAGUUACUGCAGCAACUGGACUUUUUGUGCUGACCGGACGCUGCCAGUUUCCCUUUUCAACAGGAGGUUCCAGUCGAAAACCGGACACCUGGGAACCCCCAGCCCCCACCUUUCCCCGUCCCCUGCCCCAGGGGUAGCAGAUGGUGGGGGAUGGGGUCAUUCACUCCGGUCAGAAUUGUCUACCCCUGUGAAAUCUCAAUAUAAAAUAUGAAAGAAAAAAUAUUAUUUUAAUUUAGAAAAUGUUAUUGUAACAAGGUGUAAAUACAAUAAUAUUUUAAUGUACAUUUCAACAGUAUCUCAAAAACAACCAGAUAAAUAUAUUUGUAGAAAUGGAAUUAUUUACAUUUUUUUA